CACUGGAGUUUCAAAUCCCGCGUGGCCAAUUGGUAUUCCUUCGUUCUGAGGCGGGAAUCAAAUCGCCAAUUUUUAGGCGAAAUCAAGCGGAAACGGCAUAUAAAUGGCGGCCUUCUUCUUCUUAGAGAGAGAGGAAGUGAGCGACCUGAAAAUGAAGGCGCCUGUUCUCACUCUAGCAUUGGCAUCAUGUCCUGCAAUCUCUCUAACGAAGCAAUGGCAACCAGAAUUCGCUCAAUUCUUCGCGUUUCCUCGUCAUUUACAGUCAGCUUCGCUUGAUUCAUGCCACGAUUUCCUCAAACCGCUGCACAAGCGUACUCUAUCUUCCAAAGGGACAUGGAUGGCAUCUUCAUCAGCCGCUUCUCUGCAACUGAUUACAGAAAAGGGAGGAUCGGGAGCAGUGUUAUUACUAUUGGUUCAAGGCUAUGUUCAUGAGGAGCACUGCGUUUCCAACCUUAGUUUCAUGUGGCCGCAGAUAUCGUGCAGCUCAGUGUGCGGUCUCAGGGGAAGCAGGGUUGUAAUCGUCAGCUACCAAGACUCCUCCAAGGAGGUGCAGAAAUUUGCCAUGAGAUUCCCAUCCUCUUCUCAGGCAGAAGAGUUCAUUUCCUCUGUGAAGCAUGACCAUCAUCUCUCCCUACAGGACGUCUUAAGCAGCAGUGGUGCAUUUUACAAAGGCAUUGGUCAAAGUGAUUACAUAUACGAUAAUUCAUGCAUUUCUGAAUGUGCCACAUCCAAUGAACCACCAGUGGCAAGGGCACAGGCAGAAUUGAGCUUUUCAAACGGCAGCGAUGACGGUUACGGGCCGGAGAUGCAACGGCGAGAGAGGGCAUACGAGUACCCUUAUCUCCCACCUGAAGAAUUGGGCCCCGUCUUUGUGGGCAUGCCUCCUAGUUUUACAUCUCUGCUCAACGGCACUUCCCAGUUUACGGACCAAGGAAAUACAGUAAGGCCACCGGAGGCAUAUGAGAAGAAUGACAUUAGAUCCCAAGUUGUGGUAUAUGCCCAAAUUCUCUCUGUCGAAUGCAAAAAAAAAGUUGUGAGCUGUAUUUUGGAUCCCUCCUUUCAAGGUAUGUUACACAAAGUGGAGGGAGUUUUGCAUGAGAUGAUAGGCGAUUCGAUGGUGCACAAAAUGGAGGGAGUUUUGAAUGAGAUGAUAGGCGAUUCGAAGCCUUUAGGUGCACUAACCGCGAUUAUGGGACAAAGAUGUGUGAACACCCCAAGGAGCAGAGCAGUCCUUGACAAGAGCUUGGAACAUCAUCAGUCAAUGACAUCUUCGUGAGAGUGUUAUUUAUUGUGGAUGUGGGCUUUUGUCUCAAUGACAUUGUCAUGAGAGCGAACUUAGAUCACAUUAAGAUUGUUGCUAUGUUUGUGGCCCUGAGGUUGUUUUCUUUUAUUAUGUACCUAUUGUUGGCCAGGUUGUUUUUUUUAUUCAUUAAAACUUUGAUGAGUAUGUACCUAUUGGGACUGCAGUUCUUGUUAUAUUCAUGUCUCUCUGAUAAAUUUCCUGAUGUUAU